AUGACUCCAGUUCCCGUGGAAACGAAGAAGGAGCGAAGAACAUCAUUUUUGGAUGCUGGUGGGCCAAAUUCGAUAAAUAAUUUCGCCUCCUCUUACGUAAGAACUCAAUCAUAUUGGCCGCAUAGUCUAGGUGAAAAUUCCCUUGACUAUGCAAUUUCUCCUGGCACAUCUCCAGUACAAGAGCCAACAUCCUCUGUAGCCAAUAUUUCCGCCGAAUUGGAUGAGAAUCAAUUGUACUUGGAAAAUGAGAGAGAUUCACAAAAUAGUCUACCUUCGCAGAAAGGUUUGAACCGCAACUAUGAAUUCCCGAAUAGUAGGAGCAAUGGUACCGAAGACGAAACCAGUCCAUUGAUCCCAGUGGUAUCAGCUGGAGGAAAGUCAUCCAUUGUGUUUGAAGGCUCCACUACUCCUCAAACAAUCUUCAAUGCGAUCAACACUAUGAUGGGGAUCGGAAUGCUUUCGCUCCCCAUGGGGUUUAAACUAUCCGGAUGGGUAUUUGGGACCAUCAUAUUAACUUUGUCGGCCGCUUCUACAAACUAUACGGCCAAGUUAUUAGGGAAAAUUUUGAAAAUUCACCCUCUGAUAAUGAGUUAUAGUGACAUUGCAUACUCUUGUUAUGGGCUGUCGGUAAAUAUUUUGAUCACUUUGAUUUUCACUGCUGAUCUUAUUGGUGCAACUGCAUCACUAGUAUUGUUGUUUGGUGAUUCAUUUGCAAUCUUCUUUCCAGAAAUCCAUACUUCAGUAUUUAAAACUAUCAUAAUAUGCUUAACAUUUAUUUCUUCAUUUUUACCACUUUCCAUUCUUUCAAUGUCCUCACUUUUAGGAGUUGUUUGUACAUCUUUUAUAUUGUUGGUAAUUAUCUUUUGUGGUGUUACUACUACCAAUGAGCUUGGGGGCGCUGGUGGCUCCCUCCUCAACCCAGUUCACACAUAUAUGUGGCCACAACACCCCAAGUACUUGUUGGUUUCGCUCGGGAUAUUCAUGGCACCAUGGGGAGGUCACGUUGUGUUCCCUGAGUUGUAUCGUGAUAUGAGACACCCAUAUAAGUAUAAUAGAGCAACCAAUGUAACGUUCAACUUCACUUUUUUCAUUGACUAUGUUGUUGCAGCUAUAGGAUUUCUUAUGUUUGGAGUAGAAUGCCAGGACUCGUUCACUAAAAACUUGAUGCUUCAACCGAAUUAUCCUCGAUGGGUAAAGCCUACGAUAUGUCUCUUGUUUGGAGUCUUGGCCCUAGUCAAGGCUCCCUUACUCGUGAGACCGGUCUUCUCCGUGCUAGACAAGGCUUUAGGUAUACAAAGUGUAGCUCUUUUGCCUAAUGGAUCGAAGAGAGAGCUGUUUGGGUUCAAAAGAGCAAUUGUCAGGUUCUUAUACUGUGCAUUUUUGCUAUUAAUAUCUAUUACAUUCACGUCGUUCGGUGGUAUCAUUGCUUUCUUGGGCAGUGCCAUUUGCUUCACCAUAUGCUUGGUACUCCCAUUGAUGUUUUAUCGCAAUCUUUACUACGAUGAAAUAAGUAGAACGGAAAGAAAGCUUAUAGAAGUUGGAAUAGUUAUCAGUACAAUUGGUGCAAUUGCUGGGACGUAUGGCUCAAUUGCUAUUGACAUCUAG